AUGAAAGUCAUAACAGUACUUUUGUUAACAAUUUUAGUUAAAGUAGACGCUGGUCGAAUUCUAGUAGUCGUUCCAACACCAUCAACAAGCCAUCAAGUCGUAUUUCAACCACUCACACGAGCAUUAGUAGAACGAGGUCACGACGUAGUUUUUAUUACAACUGAACCAUUAUAUAAGAACAACGAUGGACCACCUAAUUUGACAGAAAUCGACGUCCGUGAUAUAUCUUAUGAAGUAUGGAGAAAGAAGUUCAUGACUAACACAGCUAUUGGAAAGAAAAAGUAUCUAUUACAAAGUGUGGAACUGUUUAUCGAACAGUUUGCUAAAACAUUUGAGGUGCAAUUGCAGAGUGAUGUAGUUCAAAGGGUUAUAAAGGGUGAGCUAGGUAAUUUUGACCUGCUCAUUUUGGAAGCAUCUGUGCGACCAGCUCUUAUUUUUUCACAUAUAUUUAGUGCGCCAGUAAUACAUAUGAGCACAUUCGGUGCUAUGUUAAAUAGCAAUGAUAUCGUUGGUGCACCUUCACACCCGCUAUUGUAUCCCUGGAAUAUACACCAAAGAUUGUACAAUUUAACAAUUUUGGAGAAGGUCCAAGAGCUUGCCAAACAUUGGCUUAUAUAUAACAUGUAUCGUGCUUACGAAAAUAUCGAGGAAGAAAUGUUAAAGAAUAUUGUGGGAUCAAACAUACCGUCUUUACAAGAAUUGAGUACUAAUGUACAUAUGUUGUUUUAUAAUAGUGAUCCAAUAUGGUCUCAAAAUCAACCUGUGCCUCCAAAUGUAGCGUAUAUUGGAGGUAUUAAUAAAAAACCUGAAAAAGAACUCCCUAAGGACUUGAAAUUAUAUUUAGAUUCAUCAAAGAACGGCGUCAUAUACAUAAGUUUUGGAAAUAAUGUGAAACCAUCACUCCUUCCCAAGGAAAAGCUGCAGAUAUUCAAAAAUAUUUUUUCUGAAUUGCCGUACAAUAUUCUAUGGCGAUGGGAUACCGAUAUUCCCGAUAGACCUGUGAACGUCAAAGUUAUGCGAUGGGUUCCACAAACUGAUGUAUUGAGACACCCAAAUGUGAAGCUUUUUAUAACUCAAGGGGGGUUACAAUCUACUGAAGAAGCGAUUGGUGCUGGAGUGCCUUUAGUUGGUAUACCUAUGAUUGCUGACCAAUGGUACAAUACUGAAAAAUAUGAUCACUUCAAAAUUGGUGAACAAUUGGAUAUUGAAACAUUGACAGAAGAAGAAUUUAGAGCGGCUAUUAAAUCUGUCCUGGGAGACAAAAGCUAUCGCGAUAAUGUAGUAAAGUUACGGAAUCUAAUGAGAGACCAGCCUCAGAGCGGGCUGGAGCGCGCCGUGUGGUGGACGGAGUACGUGCUGCGGCACGGAGGGGCGAAGCACCUGCGCUCCCCCGCCGCCAACAUGCCCUGGACUGAGUACUAUGAGAUGGAAUUAGUAUCGACUAUUUUGUUUACUAUUUCUGUCAUUAUAACUACAGUGGUGCACGUUGAGACCCAAUUUGCAUUUUCAUAUAACGCCAGAGCGUAA